AAUUAAAAAGGUCAAGUAAAGCAGCGGCUCAACUUCUUCGGAUGCCUGUGCUCUUGGCCGACAGAAGCAGACAAAGCCCCAGCAAGAGGAGGCAGAGGUACACUGAGAGCAUUUCCAAACCAGUUUUCCUGAAAUAACUUUGGAAUCAUGCCUGAAAUGCCGGAGGACAUGGAACAGGAGGAAGUUAACAUCCCUAAUAGGCGGGUUCUGAUUACUGGUGCCACUGGGCUUCUUGGCAGAGCUGUAUACAAAGAAUUUCAGCAGAAUAAUUGGCAUGCUGUUGGCUGUGGUUUUAGAAGAGCAAGACCAAAAUUUGAACAGGUUAAUCUAUUGGAUUCUGAUGCAGUUCAUCAUAUCAUUCAUGAUUUCCAGCCCCAUGUCAUAGUACAUUGUGCAGCAGAGAGAAGGCCAGAUGUUGUAGAAAAUCAGCCAGAUGCUGCUUCUCAACUUAAUGUGGAUGCUUCUGGGAAUUUAGCAAAGGAAGCAGCUACAAUUGGAGCAUUUCUAAUCUACAUUAGCUCAGAUUACGUAUUUGAUGGAACAAGUCCGCCUUAUAGAGAGGAAGAUACAGCAAAUCCCCUAAAUUUGUAUGGCAAAACAAAGUUGGAAGGAGAAAAGGCUGUCUUGGAGAACAAUUUAGGAGCUGCUGUUCUGAGAAUUCCUAUUCUCUAUGGAGAGGUUGAAAAGCUUGAGGAAAGUGCUGUGACUGUUAUGUUUGAUAAAGUGCAGUUCAGCAAUAAGUCAGCGAACAUGGACCACUGGCAGCAGAGGUUUCCCACUCACGUCAAGGACGUUGCCACUGUGUGUCGCCAGUUAGCAGAGAAGAGAAUGCUGGAUCCGUCAAUUAAGGGAACCUUUCACUGGUCAGGCAAUGAACAGAUGACUAAGUAUGAAAUGGCAUGUGCAAUUGCAGAUGCUUUCAACCUCCCCAGCAGCCACUUGAGACCUAUUACUGACAGUCCAGUCUUAGGAGCUCAGCGUCCAAGAAAUGCUCAGCUUGACUGCUCCAGAUUAGAGACCCUGGGCAUUGGUCAGCGAACUCCAUUUCGAAUUGGAAUCAAAGAAUCACUCUGGCCUUUCCUCAUUGACAAGAGAUGGAGACAAACUGUUUUUCAUUAGUUUAUAUGUGUGUGUGUGUUUGUUUUUUAAUGAGAAGUAUAGUAUGUGGCACUUUUUAACAAAAAAAGGGAAUAGUUUUGUAUGAGUGGUCUUUAAUUGUGACACUUAGGAUCUUUCAGGUAAAUGAUGCUCUUGCACUAGUGGAAUUAUCUAAAGGAAGUAAGGAGCAGUGAUGCCUUGUUUGAAGUAAUGAUGUUUCUGUUUAUUUUUUUGUUCUGGCUUAACUUGCUGUUUGAGUAUGAUAAAUUAUGAUUCUUAAAUACUUGAGAGCCAAGAUGAAACAGAUCUGCUGUAGACUUUUUGGAGGAGAUGGAGUGGGGUAGAAGAAAUGCAUUGUUCAUACCAGUAUCACCUACAUUUUCAGGAUUUAUGCAACUCUAGACCCAUUUAUGUUGAUUAUUUUAAAGUGUAUUAAGUAUGAAAAUCAUUGAUGUUCAUUAUUGCUUUGCUUGAGCUCAGAUUAAAAUGUUUAAAGAAAGAAAUUUUAUUUUUGCAAUUUAAGUACAGUUUUUAUGCUUGAGAUAUUUCAAGAUGUGUUAUGUAUAUUGGAACUUCGGAACUUCUGCAGCUUGCUACCUCCUGCUUUUGUAGCAGUGUAUGGUGAGCCCUUGAGAGUGUGUGUAUGUGUUGUAUGUAUUUUUUAAAUAUAUACAUAUAUAUAUAUAUAUAUAUAUACUGUCCUUUUCACUCCAUGCUAAGUGGCAUUUCAUACAUAUGGGUGUACUAAUAACAGGUCUUGUAAGUCUUUUGACCAUUCAUGAAUAAUAAUAAAAAUAUACUGCUGGCAUG